AUCAGUCUGCGAAUCAGCGUAAAGCCGUGAAGGGUGGGAUUUCCUGAUACCUGGGAGACUGUUAUCGUGCCUGACUUUCCAUGAAACGUGAUCACAACCAGAUUCGCGGCUGUAAAGCUAAUAUUUGACCCGUGUAUUGUGGUCCUAGGAUUAUGCUGAGGAGGAAUAUAGCACCAAGUUGAGAAAGCUAGACUUCGGAGUUGGAAGUCAUUCGUUUUAUAAGUUGAGAGUUUUACCUCUAGGGUUUCCCGCCUCUAAGUAACAGGCUCUGGCGUGGCCACGUGACUUGCCUCUCGCAGCAGACGUCGCCCAACUGAGGCAGACGACAAUUCCUAGUGGGACGUGAGUGAUUGAAGAAGGUCGGUUUAGGCUUACUUGGAUGGGCUUUCAAAGAGAAAGUGUUCCGGGCAGUAUCUUACUUCAAAAAGUUAUGAGUUAUGUGGUCUCAAAGUUUCUGGAUGUUUAAUUGACGACGUCUGGACAACAUUAGCGGCACAAAUAGGAUUCAAGGUGAAUGAGGUGAAGGAUGGGAAGUUUGGGAGAAGACAUGGCGGAUAAGCCAGACGAUAGCACGGACAUACCAUUGCAGGGUAAGACCCUGGAGAACUGCACGGCGACAGAGAACACGUACAUGAUGCAGCCACAAGGGGUGCCGGUGAAGGGGGAUAUAUCGGUAGACGAGGAAGAGAGGGAAACGUGGGCCAAAAAAAUUGACUUCUUGUUAUCAGUGGUUGGCUUCGCCGUGGACCUUGCAAAUGUCUGGAGAUUCCCGUAUCUGUGUUACAAAAAUGGCGGAGGCGCCUUCUUAAUACCCUACCUACUUAUGUUGAUUCUUGGAGGGAUACCAUUGUUCUAUAUGGAGCUGGCCUUGGGUCAGUUUAACCGGACAGGUGCCAUCACGUGCUGGGGUAGAAUCUGUCCGCUAUUUAAAGGUAUAGGCUGGGCGGUAGUGCUGAUUGCCUUCUAUACAGACUUUUUCUACAACGUAGUCAUAGCAUGGUGUUUGCACUUUUUCAUUGCUUCUUUUACUUGGGAACUGCCCUGGGUACAUUGCAAUAACAAAUGGAACACGCCCCUUUGUUACGACGGUAGUGAAAGAAGGAACCUAAAUUUAUCCACAAAUAUCACGGACCCCCUGUGGGCCAACUCGAGUGAGUUCACCGAGUACAGUAUUCUGACUGACACCACCACCACCUACAGUAUCAACAUCACCGGCAACUACUCCGACCUGCCCAGGCGGUCGCCGGCGCACGAGUACUUCGAACGCGGCUUCCUGGAGCUGCACGAGAGUGGGGGACUGUUCGCGGUCGGGGAACUCAAGUGGCAGCUCGUCCUGUGUCUCCUGGGAGUCUAUGUUAUCUGCUACUUCAGUUUGUGGAAGGGGAUCCACACUUCAGGGAAGGUGGUGUGGUUUACGGCCUUGUUCCCCUAUGCCGUGCUUCUCAUCCUGAUGGGGAGGGGCGCGACGCUCCCGGGGGCUGCGGAGGGUAUCAAGUAUUACCUCAACCCCAACUUCACCAGACUCGCUUCGCCUGAGGUGUGGGUUGACGCCGCUACACAGGUCUUCUUCUCCCUGGGGCCAGGGUUCGGCGUGCUGUUGGCCUUCGCCAGUUAUAAUCCCAUCACCAACAACGUGUACAGGGACGCUCUAAUCACCAGCACCAUCAACUGCCUGACCAGCUUCUUUUCCGGCUUUGUCAUCUUCAUGAUCCUUGGCUACAUGUCCGUCAGGUCUAACCAGCCUAUCGAUAAGGUUGCCACCGACGGGCCUGGCCUCGUUUUCAUCGUAUACCCGGAAGCUAUAGCCACGCUCCCGUGGUCAUCGUUUUGGGCCGUCAUAUUUUUCCUCAUGUUGCUAACCCUGGGUCUUGACAGUUCGUUUGGUGGAUCAGAGGCUAUACUGACGGCUGUUGGUGAUGAGUUCCCGAUCCUCAAAAGACACCGUGAACUGUUUGUGGGAGGGCUGUUCACGCUCUACUUCUUCGUGGGACUUGCCAGCUGUGCUAAGGGUGGAGCUUAUGUCGUCACUCUGUUUGACAAGUUUGCAGCCGGUUAUUCUAUUCUGUUUGCCGUAUUCUUCGAAACUCUUGCAGUCUCGUGGGCUUACGGAGUAGACCGCUUCUCCGAGGACAUCUGCGUGAUGGUGGGUCACAGGCCGGGACCCUACUGGUGGAUCGUCUGGAAAUACAUCGCACCCGUGUUUCUAGUGUUCAUUAUGGUAUUCGGUCUCAUUGGACACAAGCCACUGACCUAUGACACGUAUGUCUACCCCUGGCCGGCCUCGCUGAUUGGCUGGGGAAUUGCCCUGUCAUCCAUAUUGUGUAUACCCGGAUUUGCUAUCUACAGAAUCAUCAGGAGAGAGGGGACGCUCACAGAACGACUCCAAUACCUCCUCACUCCACAAAACAACCGUGACAAAAGAAGGGCAGAAGCUCUGAACAUGAUCAGUAUAAACGGAGGCAAUGUUGGGGAGCCUGUUUGAAUCUUGCCGCCAUCCUUGUCUCAGCGUGGACCGGAAGUCAAGUGACGACAACAGUCCCGGAGUGAAUGAAAAGAAAGAAAUUGACUAGUUAAAACUGUCUCAGACCUAGCUGAUAUUACUGUUGGGUAUAUAGUUUCAGUUGUCUAUAUUCUGCAGAUGCCUGUGCAGAAAUGUCUGAUAACGUGCACUCCUAGUUAUGCAAGUCAACAUUGGUUGUUUUGUUUUUUUCCACGUCCGCCCCUAAUAUGUUGUCUGUUAAGUGCCUUAGUCCCAGCAAUAGCUAUUCACAAGAAAGUAGAGUCCUAUAGCGCCUUUUGUGAUAUUUUAGCAACAGACAUAUGAAAAUCGGAGAUGAAUUUAUUCAUUUUGGAUAUUUUCUAUUGUGCCACUGAUCAUGUCAAUUUUGAUGAUGUUUUGGUUUGGUUUGGUUUGUUGUUUUACGCCGCCCUCAGCAAUAUUCCAGCUAUAUGACGGCGGUCUGUAAAUAAUCGAGUCUGGACCAGACAAUCCAGUGAUUUACAUCAUGAACAUCAAUCCACGCAAUUGGGACCGAUGACAUGCAUGAACCAAGUCAGCGAGCCUGACCACCCGAUUCCGUUAGUCGCCUUUUACGACAAGCAUAGUCGCCUUUUACGGCAAGCAUGGGUUGCUGAAGACCUCUUCUACCCCGGAUCUUCACGGGUCUUUGAUGAUGUCACAGACGUGGUCAUAUUCAAGGGUCAUUCUGACUUUUGAGGGAACCAUUAAAGAGGGUAUUCCGGUGCGAAUAUCACACAACCAACAGGAAGCAUCAUAGACGAAUGUGCUGGAAUUCAGAUAUAGAAUAUAUACUUAUACUACUCAUCAUUUGCUAAGGACCAAAACAAUCAUCUUUAGUCAAAGGUGUGGUCCUUAGCGAAUAUUGAGUUGUGUAUUCAAUGCAUACGCUUCAUCUAUUUGAGUAUUCCAUCAGCCGAAUUCCUUCAGACAGUUCAGAAAUAGUUUUCGUUUAACAGUUCAAUAAUCACCCAACCAAGACACAUCAAAGCUUGUUUUUUGAUAUCAUUCAAAUGUUACAAACAUUGCACCAUGUUGUUAUAACCCUUAUUUUAUACGACGUUAGGGAUGAAUAGUUAUCGUGAAAAAAACAUCGUUUUUCUACUAUUCACAUGUGAAUAGACAUCGUGCAUGAUGAAGACACGCUUGUGAUUAAUACGCUUGGCGGUGAGGACAGUGGUUAUAUACAGUGAAACCCCGUUAAUCCGGAACUAGUCUAUCUGGAACCGUUCCGCACUCUUCGAACGCAAGCACACACACACACACACACACACACAAUUAUUCGUUAAUCGAGAAACCUUGUUAAUCCGGAUUAUUUCUCUGGACACACACCGUCUGGAUUACGGAGUUUCACUGAAUGUUAAAUCGCACAAGUUAAUUUGUUGAUUUUCAUACCCUUGUUGCUUCACGCUAUAAAUCUGACCGCAAUGUUUUGUAUAUUCCAUUGUCCUAGAUGAUUCUACCAAGUACCGGCCAUUCGGCCUGGAUUCAGUGGUGUCAAAAGCAAUACGAACCUUCCUUGAAAGGUGAUCACUACAUAUUAUAUACUGAGUAACUACAGUUUACGUGUCACUGUAUUCAAUCAUGUUAACAUGGAACAGUUAUCAGGUACUGGGUCUUAUGGCACUGUUUGUACUUUAAGUGUUGUUUUUUAAUGGGAAUGGUAUUAAACUCCUGUCAUAGGCUACAUGUAAUUUGCACCUUCGGAAGAGGUGCUAGAGUCAUGCUCGGGUGCAUAUUUCGAUUUUAGGCGUUGCGUUGUUUCUGUUUCGCAUCAUGCUUUUUUGCACUAGAGGAUCAGAAGGCGUUGAGUUGAAAUGGCGUCUACCAGUCUUUGGAGUAUAGUAUAAUCCUUGGGGAAUACAACCCGAGUGGUAAAUCAAACAUUGGCAACAUCUGGGCGUAUUUCAUUCAUGGGUAAAAUUAUGUCUUAUAAGGCAUGGAAUCCAAAUGUUCUUCUAUAUCAACUUAAGGUCAAGGUCAACGUCAAUGUUUCCAACAAUUCCGUUAUUUCUUCCAGACUUAUAAAAAUACACCCAGAUUACCAGAGACAUUGUCUUAAAAAAGACAGCUUCAGUAAUUUUAGUUUUGGUCGUAAAAGAUAUAUUUUCUAACAGUGAAAGAUUGAUCAUUGAAACGUAAUUGUGACAAAAUACUACUUCCCUAAAACAACUGAGUCUCGUGAAUCAUGAGGUCGCCUUGAGGUUAUUAAUAUAAUCGUGGUAUGUGAAAAUAUAUUUGAUGAAAAUAUUACAAAUUAAGAAUUAAUCGUUAGGUGGUUUGCUAUGUUAAUCAGGUUGUACUUUUAUAUCAUUUGUUAAUAACAUGUUUGUUGUUACGUUAUAGACUGGUUAUUAAUACAAUAUAUACCGUGUUACAUAAACGUAAAUAUAUAUACAGUUAGUUAUUGUCUACAUAUAGACAGGUGUGUUUAGAUGUUAAGUGUUGUACAUUUCGUUUAAAGACAUUUCGUGAAUUAGCAGUAGAUUUUUUACAUUCAGACAGUUUUUUUUAAAAGAUUGUAAUAUCAAUUUUGUGAUUAGUCGUUAGAAUGAUGCGAGUUAUAUGCAUUUCACUGUAUAUACUCCAUAGGUGAGUACGUGUGAGUGUCGUUGAUAUAGAGGUGAAAUAAACAUAUAGAGUACA